GUUAUGCUCGUAGUUUGUUAUCAUUGACAAUUGUUAUUUAUAAAUGUUCUAUUUAAAAUAAAUGGAAUCAAUGUCUACUAAGAUAAUCCGUCGAAAUCAUUAUGUUCCUGAGACGGUUCAAGAACGCAAAACUCAGGCUGAACAUUUGAAGCUGCUAACUAUAAAAUCCCAAAGAGAUAUUGAACUUUUAGAAGAAGCUAGGGAAUACUUUAAAAAAAGAGCUCAAAUUGAAGCAGAAUACUCAAAAAAUUUAAGGUCUUUAGCGAGCACUCACCUCUCUAAGCCUUUAUUAGAGGACUUAAUAGCUGAAUCUAGAAACAAAAUUACCGUCGCUUCUUCCUUUAAAAGAAUUCUUGAUGAAACAGUAAAUUUAGCGGACAGGCACAACGAUAUGAGUUUAAGUUUUUCAAAUCAGCUCGUAGAGGCCUUUAAAAACAAAAUUAUUUUAAAAAAAAAUUUGAUUAAAAGGAUUACAGCGGCCCAUUUGAAACUACAAGAACACUUUUACAUUCAACAGCAACAACUCGAAAAGCUUAAGAAAUAUUAUGAAGAUAUGGAAAAGGUAUAUCAAAUUGCGGAGAGUUCUUAUAAUGACCUUGAAAAAAAACUUACUAAAGAUAAAAAAGGAUUUAGCACUUUAAAAGUGUUUCAUGGAACAAAAGCAGAAGUAGAAAAGCGCGUUAAAAAAGCUUAUGCCAAAAUGAUGAACUGUUUGGAAAAAGCUCAUUGCGGGCGAAACUCAUAUAUACUGUUUGUUGAAGAACUGAACGCUCAACUGAACACGUAUUACCAGGAGACCUGCCCUCAGAUUCUCAGCGAUCUUGACGACGACUACUACAGCUCCUGCCAAAACUUCUUCCUUUUGUUUAGCGAGUUACUCCACAAAGACGCUGAAGCCACGGGUUCGAGUUGUUUCGUAUUGAAAGCGAUUUUUGACAGCAUCGACAGACGCACUGAGGAAGACCUUUUCUUAUCAAAGAAUAUCUUUAAACGGGAAAAUUACUAUAAAUUUAUACCUGUAAACUUUGACGAGAUCACUUCCAUUGUCAACGACGAGACCACGAAAGAACAUUUAAACAAAUUUGCGCGGCAAUGUGUUAUUCACUACAAUAAGGCUCAAGGAUUAUAUGAAAAGCAUAUUAAAGAGCUUGAGGCCCUUAGGGGAUUGUCAGACUUCAGUAGAGAAAAUAUGAACACUGAAGCGAACGAGGAUAUGAUUAGGCAGAUUAUUGAAACAAGAGAGACCGCCAUCCUCGCAACUUAUGACAUGGUUCGUGCUAAAGCUAGAAUGGAGUAUCUUUCCGGACACGGGGUAUCCAUACCGCACGAGUCAGAAGUUCAGAGUAAUUUGGAUAACUUCUUGUCCACCUCGAGAAUCUCUAUUCCUCGCGGCUCGGUGAAAGGGAAAAGUUGCACAGUUUUAUAUGACUACAAAGGCGUGGAACAAGAUGAACUUUCUAUUGUUGAAGACGAAGUCCUUACAGUAGUUGACCUCGCCGAAGACGGGUGGUGCCUCUGUAGGAACCAGGAAGGCAGAGAAGGGCUUGUUCCGUUGUCCUAUAUCGAGAUCGGAAGUGAGGGCAAAAGAUUUUCAAGCCCUGCAUUGUCGGUACAUAGCUCUUUGCAGUCCUCUGACACUCCUGAGGAGCCUAUAAAAUACGCCACCGCUCAGUAUGAAUAUCUAGCAGAAACGCCCGAUGAGCUCUCCUUCCACAAAGGCGAUGUUAUCGAGAUUCUAAACACAAAACUGAGCGAUGUGGACGAUGGCUGGUGGGAGGGGAGGCUGAACGGCAAAGUUGGCGUGUUCCCCUCGGUACUUUGCGAAAUAAAGGGAAAAUAAAUUAGGGCGUUCCACUCUAUUAUUCAUUGUGGUUUUCUUAUAGCGAGA